AUGUUUUUGAGGACAGAUAGUAAUGAUGGGUUUGAGGACUAUUGUUUUGAGGGUGCAGAUGCAGAGGCAACCUUUCGGUCACCACAUACCCCACACACACCGAUGGCACCGAACACACCAUUGACGUCGCAUGGCUCCGCCUCUAGAGGUAUUUCAGGAGGUCACGACUCGAAUACCAAGUACAGGUGGCAUUCACAAGAGAAUGAGAACAUAUUUGAUGCAUUCAAGUGUGUUCUCAAGGAUAGAUACAGAGAUAAGAUGAAAGAGAAGUGGCAAAAGAAUUCAAAAAUCGCUCAGCAGAACCGCAACACCGCCGAUUCUAAUGGGUCAACAGCAAGACAUACUGCGGGUAGUAUAGGAUUUGACCAGCACCGUAGGAAAUUAGAAAAAUUGAUGGGUAAACCACCCACACAUUAUGAUGUUUUCAUGAAGACGCAUGGCACUGCAGAGUCGAAGAAAAAGUACUUUGAGGGAAAUCAUGAAAAUCUUGAAUAUUGCUCGCGGACAGCCAAAGAAGCACUAGAGGCGUAUACGCAGGGAUGGUCAACAAAUAUGGUGAAAAUCCUACAAACCAUAACGAUGAUGUAG